GCUAACGUCAGUCGUUUAAUUUUCGGGUUUGUGAUCAUCAGUGUCUGUCUGAAAGGUGAAGGACAAUACUUGUUUCUGAGCAAACCCUGGUACCCAUGGACUCUUGCACGUGCAUGCUGUCAGUUUCACAACAUGGAGUUGGUCAAGAUCGAAACCCCCCAGGAGAACCUAUGGAUCUAUGACAUGGUACGGAAAAUCGCUUUAAACGGCGGGUAUUUCAUUUGGCUUGGUGCGCGCCACAAAUCUUCUGAGAACACGGUCACAUGGUAUGACGACACGCCGGUCACGUGGUCAAUAUGGGCGCCCAACGAACCAAGUUCCCAGUCAUGCGUGAGCGGCCGCUUCGUGCCAGGCGAGAUGCAGUGGGAUGCCCACGGAUGUAUGACCGGUUAUCCUUAUGUGUGUGAGAUUCCAGACACCCCGACCGCCCAGACCAUCAUUCCUGCAGGAGACUGUCCAAAGACAAUCCAAGAUCUUGCGUUAUCGGACACCAAAGUUGGCCCUGGAGGAACGCUUCAGUACGACUUCACUGAUGGCAAGUACACUUUUCCCAGCACCACGAACUGGACUUACUUUAGAGAAAUAAAGCUCUCAUCCAUUGAAGACUGCACACUCAUGUGCCUGGAAACGCCCGGAUGUAAUCACGUGACCUACUUCGAUGACUUCACUUGUCGUCUGUACGGCCUGUAACCCACUACGACGACUAUCUGUUAUACAGUGACCGAACUUGGCUACAUUUCUGAUAUACCUGACCUUGACCUUUGCUGACGUCAUAUCUGGCUUUACAGCGUUGACCUUCGACGGCAUCGCUUUGGCUUCAGUCGGUAAUACAAUGAUUGAUCUUCGAUUAUUUUUUACACGUUGGCAAUACUGCAUUUGACCUUCGGUGACUUUACACGCCGGCAAUACUGCACUUGACCAACGAUGGCUUUGAACGUGGGCAAUACAGUUUUUGAUCUUCGAUGACUUCACACGUAGUUAUAAAUUAUGCUCAUAAUAAAAAAUAGCUGUACACCGUUAUGACCCCAGCUGUAUGUUACAUUUGAUAAAAGCAAAGCAAUGUUAAUAUAUUUUUGUUGAUGCUCAAUUUAUUUGUCGAUAAAGUCAUAAAAUCGAUUUAAAAAUAUACU